GAGGUGUCCCUGAAUGCAACAGAAAACCGUUUACGAUAUACGGAGUCAACUAUCCCACGAAGAGGAGCAGCGUGAAUCUCAAAAUGGUCCAGUAGGAGCGGAGGAUGCAAGCUAUGAGUCAAAGUAGUUCCUGUCUUUGGACCAAGCUCCCCCAGAGCAGCUGGUCCCCAUGUGACCGCUACAAGCACGCCUGCUGCAGCUAUGAUGGAAGUGUCUACAUUCUGGGAGGCAGAGGCAGCAGCUGUCUGAGGGACUUCUGGAGGUACAGUGUGGUCUGUAACGAGUGGACAGAGUUGAGCUGCACCAGUGAAGCUGCACCAGAAGAGCUAGAGGAACAUACUAUGGUGGCUCAUGAGGGCUUCCUGUAUGUGUUCGGAGGCAUGUUGGAUUCUGCGUACACAAAGGCCAGCUGUGCCCUUUGGGUAUUUGACGUUGCAAAGCAGAAGUGGGUGCAGUGGCAGGGAAAGACAAGCUCCCGUCAGACUCAAAUGCCAACCAACAGAAAAGGACACAGUGCUGUGGUGGUUGGCUCUGCCAUGCUGCUGUAUGGAGGUUUAGUCGACAUAAAAGGAUCAUCACAGGACUUCUGGAGUUUGGAUUUUGAUACCAUGGCUUGGUCCCUGCUGGGUGGUUCUCAGCAGGGCUCGUUUGGCCCCGGCCCCAGACACAGUCACUCAGCCAUGGCCUACCUGGACUGCAUGUACCUGUUCGGGGGUUUGAAAGGCUUGCGGGAGCAGAGAGACUUCUGGAAGUGGAAUUCCAGUAGCCACAUGUGGACUCUCCUCAGUAGCAAGUCCGGCCCCUCCAGACUGAUGGGUCACUCAGCUGUGGCCUACAAAGACAGUAUGCUUCUUUUUGGAGGGGGCGAGAGCCUGAGCUCUCCAGAGAACUGCCUUUGGAGGUUUAGCUUCACCACUCAGACCUGGGGGCAGGUGGCCGCUCUCCAAGGCUCCAGCCCCGCAGACAAGAUUCACCACUGCUGCGCUGGACUGGGUCCCAGCUACAAGUCCAACACCAGCUCAGGACUCCAACCCAGGCUACUGGAUGACAAACUCAGGCCCUUCAAGAACAAGUGCUUUCCUGCGCCCCUCACUUUCCUGGGCUCAGAGGGAGCUAUAGAGCUGGAAACCUUCAGCCUGGACAAGUGCUACAGCAGCAAACUGACAAAACCCUCAGAACUGAACAAUAGCAAUGAGGGCGUGAUGGGGAAAGAUGCACAGCGGGUGGGAAACUGUUUGACCUUUGAGAACAAAGCUUUCAGCAAACAGUGGAGCUGCACAGAGGAAGACCUGCUGGAUGAGGAGGAUGAUGACAUAGUCCAGCACCUGCCCGAUCUGCUGCUGGUCCUCGGAGGAAGACCCUGCUCCAGUCACAGCCCCAUGUCCAUAUGGCAAAUGACCCUGGGUGACUCAUAACAGCCUCGGAGAAACAAACUGGACAGACUUUUUCUCCAUGUGAGAAGAAUGAAAAUUUGAAAAAAAAAACAGUGUUAUAUUACAAAUAUAUAUACGGUAUAUAUAUAUAUGUGUGUAUAUAUGUAUAUACACACAUAUACACACCACUAUAAAAUCGAUCGUGUUUAAAGGGUUUACUGACUUUCUGUAACAAGAAAAAAACAUAGAAAUAUUUCUAUAAUAGUUAUUUUUGUGAUGUGAAUUUGUGCAUUUGUCACACAUUUUUUGUAGUACUCAAAUAAAUGAUUGGAAAAUGG